AUGUCUUCUACUAUCAAACAAAACUUUGAAGAGUGCUAUUGUACCAAGUGCAUUAAAAAUUAUAAUGGAUACACCUUAGUGUCAAAGAGAACUGCCCAGCGUCAUGGCAAGAAAGCAGCUUUAAAAGAUGCUAUCAGAAGUGAACUUGAAUCUGGAUCUGUAGAAGUUCUUGCAUGUCAGUCGGACUUACCCACUUUGGAUAUCUCCCCUAUGUCAGUUGACUAUGAGGUCGAUGUCGAUUUCAAUGACAUGGACUUUGAGUAUGAGAGCAAUGAGAAUGCCAAAGAUACUGUUGAUAUUGAUGUUGAAGAAGUCGACACUGAAUGUUUGUAUGAAAACAUGUUUUCAAACACUAGUAUGCCUGAGAAUCCUGUACACAGAUUCAUUGCAACAUUCACUGUGCUAUUUGCAUCCCGCUACGUGGUCAACAAGGGUGCAGUUGUCUUGAUUGAGUUCAUCAACAAGCUCUUGAAGAUUUACAAGCAGGACUUUCAGCUUCCCACGAGUCUGCCUGGUCUUCAGCAUAUGACGGGAUUCUGUGAGCUCUCCAAGGCCAUAAGACGAUUUGUGGCCUGCGAGGAUUGCCAUGCAAUUUACAAAGAAAAUCAAUCUGUUCCUCCUUGCUGCGUCUUUGUAAAGACAGGUGCUUGUGCAGCUUGUAACUGUGAAUUGACAAAGAAAUCUUUGUCUGGUGCUUUGGUUCCCAAGCGUAGUUUCCAUUACCAGUCCAUCAAAAAUGCGUUCAAGAUUCUUUUUAAUCUACGUGGAACGAUCAUUGAUCUCAUGCACAACCUGUUCUUGGGGACAGCAAAAAGAAUGAUGGAUCAGUGGAUUGAACGUGGUGUUUUUGGAGACAGAGAUUUUACCGCCAUGCAAAAGAUAGCUGAUAAGAUGAUUGUACCAAGGGGAUAUACUGCAUUGAAAAGCAAAAUUGGCAAAAAAUUUGCAUUUAUGAAAGCAGACGAGCGGAAGUCGUGGGUAUUGAUAUAUUCUCCUGUGGUGUUGAAGUCGGUGCUCUCAUCCUUGCAUUUCAAUAACUGGGUUGAUUUUGUCCAUGCAUGCCAUCACCUUGUAAAGCCCAGCAUUACAUUUGAUGAUAUUAAUACCGCCCAUAGACAUCUCGAAAAAUUUUGUGAAAAAUGCAACAAAAUUUACAUCGCCACAAUCCUUACCUGUAAUAUGCACUUACACCUCCAUAUUCAAGAAACUAUUCUCGAUUUUGGACCAGUGUAUAGUUAUUGGCUCUUUGCAUUUGAGAGAUACAAUUGCCUACUCAAGAAUAUCAGCACAAACGGCAAGAACGGUUUUAAAGCCACAUUUAUGAGAUGCUUUGUUGAAGAUAUAUACAAAAGCAACGAACCUCUCCCACCUACAUCCUUCCCACUUUCAGUUAGUAAACCUUCUUCAACGGGUGAUCUUGAUUAUCCCCAUUUGUUGGAAUACUACAAACUCACGUACCUCACUCCUGAUCUCGUCCAUUAUCAAAAUGCUGCUGCCUCUCCAUUCUUUGUCGACAAUCAGAUUAUAAAGUUGAAAUCAAUCAAUAUUCUUGGCCAAGUGUACUAUGGCAAUAAUGGCACCACUGGCCGUGGAUCAUAUGUCCAAUCAUUGUUUCUUGGCAGAGAUAGAAGUAAAGAAACAACCUUCACUUGUCAAAUCAAGUAUAUCUUCAUUCAUUCAUUUACUUCUCCUCCAAUGUUGCCCUACUAUGAAGCCGAUUUCACGCAUCAUGAUCAACAUGUAUUUGUGUUUGUCAACUGGCUUCCAUUACUUGGAGAUAAAUCACGAGAGAAAGAUGGAGUUGAUAUUUGUGGUUCAACACCUUUGCCAUCAAACUAUCAUUCAAUUUUGUCUGUACAUAGAAUCUCUUUAGAAGUAGCAAUUGCUAAUUAUACAACAGGACUUGUCCAAAAAAAAACUGGUAAUUGCCUUACCAAAAAAGCUUUAUGCUAA